UAGAUGGUGCUCACUGUGGGGCCACUCCUGGAGCCUAAACACCUGAGUUUGUUUGUAUUGAUUCAAGGUAACCCAAUUCUGACGUUGGUUCUUUCAAAUUGGUAAACAAUCUUCUUAGCCAAUGUAAAGAUGGCAUUAUUCAAAGAAGAGCUUAUUGAUGAAUUGUCGAUAAUAAUGAUGCAGUUCUCUGCAAUGUUGCUAUGUCAACGGAAAAUACGAAACUACGCCUGAUUUGAAAGGGAUAUCACAACAAUCUGAUGAAAUGACGUCAAGAUGACGUCAGUGCCUAGGCCAUUCGCCAUGAAAGUAGAUGUGAGGUAGAAAUGUCAAUUUCGUUGUUUUCUCUGCCGCUCAGAGCUUCGUCAGGGAGUCGUGGAGACUCAUACGUUGAGAAAUAACAAUGGUCAUGGCAGAAAAGCCGAGGACCCAGAUUAGAGUAGGAUUUUACGACAUAGAACGGACAAUUGGGAAAGGAAACUUUGCAGUUGUAAAAUUGGCGAAACACCGGAUCACAAAAACAGAGGUGGCUAUAAAGAUCAUAGACAAGACACAGUUAGAUGACACAAACCUGAUCAAGGUGAGGAGAGAGAUAAAGAUACUGAAACUGCUGGAGCAUCCUAGCAUCAUCAGGCUCUACCAGGUGAUGGAAACAAAGAAUAUGCUGUAUUUGGUCUCAGAGUAUGCUCCUAAUGGAGAGAUAUUUGACUAUAUUGCCCAGCAUGGACGAAUGACAGAGCCAGAGGCUAGGCGGAAGUUCUGGCAAAUUCUUUCUGCUGUUGAGUAUUGCCAUGACAGACAUGUAGUACACAGAGAUCUAAAGGCUGAAAAUCUCCUGCUUGAUGCCCACAUGAACAUUAAGAUAGCAGACUUUGGGUUUGGCAAUUUCUUCACUCCAUCUGAGUUGAUGGCUACUUGGUGUGGAAGUCCCCCAUAUGCAGCUCCCGAGGUUUUUGAGGGCAAGAAAUACCUUGGGCCUCAGAUCGACAUAUGGAGCCUGGGUGUGGUGUUAUAUGUUCUAGUGUGUGGGGCACUACCGUUUGAUGGUCAGACAUUACAAACACUGCGUGACAGAGUUCUAUCUGGCCGUUUUAGAAUACCCUUCUUCAUGUCAACAGAUUGUGAGCAUUUAAUACGACGAAUGCUAGUUCUUGAUCCCAACAAACGCUAUUCCAUAGCGCAGAUAAAGCGCCAUAAGUGGAUGUUGAUGGAGGGAAGCCUGCCAGAGCCUAUAGUUCCUAUUAUUAGUCCCCAUAUAGCAGAAUCUGCGAAAGUGGGAGAAUAUAAUGAACAAAUUUUACGCUGUAUGCAAAGUCUUGGUAUAGAUCAGCAGAAGACCACUGAGGCUUUAAACAGUAAUGCUUACGACCACUACACCGCCAUAUAUUACCUACUACUCGACAGACUUAAGCACCAUAGGAGCAGCUUCCCAGUUGACCCAAAAAUGGAUGCACGAAAGCGUCGUCCUAGCACAAUUGCUGAACAGGCAAUAUUACGUACCCAUGUAACAAACACUAUAGGAAACUCUCAGGUUCAGGGUCAAGGUCAAAUCCCGGGGGCACACCCUCAGUUGGUGGACACUAAACAAGGUUUAUUCAGUAAGACGACUGACUGUGUGACUCCCCAGAUGAACCUUGAGACACAAAGACAGUUAUAUAUUGAUGCUGAUAGCGUUCAGAUCCCAUCUGGCGUGUCGGGAUGUUUGCCGGAUAUUCUCCCCUCAAGUGCAAUGAAACUGCCCCAGGUUGGCACGACAGCCUCGGCUGUUGCUCCGGGCCAUAUCAUACAUACCUCGAUAGAUGAGGGUGUCGAAGUAGACUUAUCAGAUUUUGAAUGUCCCCUCCCUCAGCAGCAGACCCCCCAUCCCACCAUGGCCCCUUUACCACGCCGGCACACAUUUAAUGAUGGAACUUCUUCAAUUAUUAGCAAUACAGCCUCCCAGCUACCGAAUGAUACGAGUCAAACAUCAUUCAGUAGUGGCAUGUCAGAGAGUUCUAGCAAUAGCACAGGAUUCAGUUCUGUAUUCACCAGUUUCGAUUCAACCCUUGAAUCAGACUUAUCAAGUGGUUCAUUAUUAGGUAGUGGGGGGCCUUACCCUCCCCCUGGCCAACUACCACAUCACAAUGCUAGUCAAAAUGGUGGUGUGCAUAACCUGCCAAUCAUGCUGCCUCAAUCAUCUAUGACUCCACCUACAAACUCUAAAUUUCCGCACAAUCCCGAGAAUGGGGGUCCUACAGUUGAUCGCAAUGAGACUAGAUCACCAGUGAAUUUCCGUGAAGGUCGUAGAGCAUCGGAUGGACUUUGCACCCAAGGGAUUAUUGCAUUCAGGCAGCGUCUAAAAGAGAGCAUGAAAGCCCCAGGCAUGGCGGAGCUUCGCCAGGAACAUCAACAUAUUGAGGGCGUGCCAGAGGAACAGUUGGAUCUCCAAUCUCACCAAGACCAUCACCUAAGUGGAAGACAAUGGUCCCUUGAUGAGGAAAGCCCAGGACAACGACAGAGGCCUCCUAUGGUGAAACGAAUGUCUCUCCCCUCUGAGCCAUUUGACCUCCAGCCUCACCAGUUUCUUGCUAUGAAGCAUAGUAUCAACAUAGAGCGCCAUAUGGAGUCAAAACCUCCAGAAACAGAAGUGUUUAACCCUUUGAGGCCCUGCGAGUACCAAAAUAAACCUCUGGAGAAGCAGCUACUUCAGCACCGUCUGCAGCAAAGGAGGCAGAUAUUUCAGAAGCACGCUAUGCCCCAGCAUGCCCCACAGCAAGGUCAAACUCUACAGCAGCAGUUCCAACAGCUUCAGCUUGAUACGUCACUGAAAUCUCACACUGAUCCAGCAUCGUUUAAAAGUCUCGAGAAUACAACACCUCUACAUCACAUGCCUAUUACCCAGGGUGCAAUGCAACCAUCAUUUCAACCAACCAAUGUGCCCCCGACAGCAAAGCAACAGCAACAAUCCAACAUACAGCAAGCAACAAUACAAAAACAAAUCGCCAUGCAGCCAAUGGCAUUGCAACAACAACAACAGAUGGCGCUGCUACGACGUCAAAUGAUCCGUCAAUCAUCUUAUAAAUUAGCACAACAACAGUCCGUUAUUCCUAGUGAGGAUUAUGGGACUGCACUCCUGGAGGAGUCCGCUCUCUUGGGGGAGACAGCCCCUUGGAUGGAGGGAGAAACCGGUAACCAUGGUAACACUGUAUUUCAGGGACAGUUAGGGAGACACCCAACAGAUGGCGUUGCUUUGAAUGAUGGAAUGCCAAACUAUAACAUGGAUAUGAGUUAACAUAAGUUUGGCAGAAUAGAGCUAUAAAUUUAGAUAGACAAAUCAUUCAUAUGCAAGUAUUUAUAACACUAGCGUAGUGCUCAAACUAGCUCAAUUUUAUCCACUAGGUAUAUUAGUGAGCACAUAUCCACCAUUUGUGUUAUUUAUGUUAAUUAGCUAUGUUAAUAAGGAAUCAUUCGUCACUUAGGCUAGAUGUACUGUGUACUGUACAUCUAUACUUUGAACUGUUUAACUGUACUUUGUACUGUAUAUCUGUGCAUUUUCCAAAAUGUCAUAUGGCCAGUUUAAUUGACUUGCAGUAGCUCAGUGUUAGUACCAAGUAGAAAAUUCAUAAUUCUCAUUUAUAUUCUAUGCUGAAUCGUGAUAUUGUCCAAUGUCCAUAUUAUUAAACAAAAUGAGUGCCAAUAUUAUUGGUAUUUUGUUUUUGGGCAAUUGUGAAUUUUCUAUUAUUUCUUAGCUGUGUUGUUGCAGAGAACUUGGCAAAGUAAAACUGGCAUGUCUAUCCCAUGAUUCUCUGACAUACCAAACUGUCAACAAAAUCUGGGAUAGGUGCCCUCCCGUAAAUGUAUAUGGUAAAUGAGAGAGAGUGAAGUAGCUACAGUACAUGUACCUCUGUAUUACAGGGUGUACAUUAAGUCUCUACACUUUACAUAGACUUUGUAUUUUAAAGAUACUUUAUGAACGCCCUGUAUAUCACAUGUAUAAGUUAUGCCUCAAUGAAAGAUCAUCCCCUUUGUCUAAAAUUCCCAUAUUGGUCAUAUUUUACGAGGAUGUGCUGUUGACUGUGUAAGGUUGUACAGCACAGUUUAACAUUAGAUAAGAUUUGACCAACUGACAUCUAUGAAUUUAGGUUAUUAUAACAUCUGUAAUAGUGUAAUAUAUUGUAUGUAAGUCAUCCCAAAAGUCUUGAAAUUCGAUUUUUUCAACAAAAGACGAUACCCAAGACUUUUGAGCAAUCCUUGUACAAGUGGAACUCUGUCGAAAGUGCACAUAAGCUGUAUUUAAAUACCAUUGCAGUACAAUAGCAACAAAAGGGGCCUCGACCUCGUGCAUUUUAUAGUUAAAUACUAAUACUUAACUUAUGACAUAUCAGUGAUUGAUAGAGAUUAUCUAGCAGAGUAUUUUUCUGAGUGGAUAUUAUUGCUACAUUUUUUUAAAAGUAAAAAAUGAUCUAAAUUCAAGAUUCAAGUUUGUGCACAAUUUUGCCAAAUCAAUUGAAUAUAUAAUUUGUAGCUGUUGUCAAGCUAAUGUAUGUAAUGUUCACUUGAGAUUGGCAAGUUACUAGUAUAUUUCUAUUUUUCAUAGUUGUCAUGAUUCUUUAUUUGAUUCCUCAUUCUGUCUCAACAAGCCAACAUUUUUCUUCAAAACUUCAUCGCAAAUGAUUACAGUGUAUUGGUGGUGCGCUAUUUGAACUCCAGGGCCUAGCUAUAAAAAGAAUGGAAUCUAUGUGUAUCAUUAC